CGCUCCCGCCUGGGCUCUGACCGGCUGCCCCGGGAGGAGGGGAGCAGUCGCCCGUUCACACUGGAGCAGCAUGGAGCGCUUCUUGCAGGACUGUACGGCCGCUGUGCAGAGUGAAGGCCUGGACUUCCAUGUGAUCCUUGGCAAUGAAGCGUGUGACUUGGACUCAGCGGUCUCCGCCAUUACGCUGGCGUAUUUCUUGGCCAAGACCUCUCCCAGCAAGAAUCUGGUGUAUGUCCCGGUGCUGAACAUCCCACGGGAGGACUUUCCUCUCCGGACAGAAAGCACAUUUUUCUUUAAGGAAAACCGGAUAUCAGAGGAGCUCCUGAUCUUCCGAGAUGAAAUCGACCUGGGCGGUCUCUACGAGGCUGGGCGCUUAGGGUUGUCGCUGGUGGAUCACAACGUGCUGUCCAGGACUGACUCUUUCAUGGAAGAUGUGAUAACAGAGGUCAUAGACCACCGCACUCUGGAGAGGAGACUGUCUCGUAAUUGCCGGGUGACGGCAGAACUGGUGGGGUCCUGCACAACCCUGGUAGCAGAGAAGAUCAUCCAAGAGGCCCCUCACAUCCUGGACUCUCAGCUGGCGUCCAUGCUGCGCGGUACGAUAGUCCUGGAUUGUGUGAACAUGGCACCCGCUGCUGGGAAAGUCACCCCAAAAGACAGAGAAUACGUGCAAAUCCUGGAGGCGAAGUUCCCGGACCUGCCACCAAGAGGCACCAUGUUUGAUUCCCUCCAGAACGCCAAGUUUGAUGUCUCUGGUCUGACCACAGAUCAGAUGCUCCGUAAGGACCUUAAGGUCUUGUUCAGCCGGGACAUUAACAUGGCCGUGAGUGCCGUAUACAUGGACAUAGAGGAUUUCCUGCGAAGGACGAACCUGGAGAAAGAACUGCAGGAUUUCUGUCGGCGGCACCAUUACAACGUCGUUGUCGCUAUGGCGAUUGCCUUCACCAGCGCCAAUGAACCGAAGAGGCAGAUAGCGGUGUACAGCCAGCAAGGGCCGCUGAGAGCAGCGGUGAGUAAAGUUCUGGAGGAGGCCACGACGCCCUGUUUGGAGCUGUCCCCCAUAAGCUGCCAUUACUGUAACCACGUGACGGGCUACAGCCAAGGCAACACUGCUGCUUCCCGCAAGAAAGUGCUGCCCAUCUUGAAGGAUUUCCUAAGGAGAAGGGACAGCGGGGAGAACGGCGGUCCACCCAUGCAGUCGUUCCGGGAGGGCUAUAAGGGACCUUCUGAGCUGACAGAAGGUAAUGUGGAGGAUUAUUCUGAGGGCAGCGAGCAGCUUGGAGAUCCGGAGGAGCAGCCAGAUAACGUGGACAUCUGUGGCGGGGACGGAACGAAGUGUAAAGGAUACGGAAGUGGGUUCAGGAGACAAAUGGAGGAUGGAUUGGACGAGGAGAACUCCUUCCCUCCCACCCCUAUGAACAGUCUGGUGGAAGGUUGCCCCCUUGACCGAGGACUCCCAAAACUAACUGCGGAAGCCAUUUUAGAGAGGAUCAGUCGUAUCACUGUGAUAGAUUCUGAGGUAAAUUCAACGACAGGAAAACAAUGACGAGGCCCGAAAUCAUCGUAAAACCGACGAAAAGUUAUAUUAUGUAAAAAAAAAAAAAAAAUGGAGGUACGCGGCAAACAGCAAUGCAAUUUAUGUUUGUCAAUGUGGUUUCCAUUAUGUGUGAAUUACCUCAGGGUCUCCUAGCAAUAUGUCUGCCUGUGACAGAGUGCAUGCUGGCAGCUCCCAUCACUGCACUGAGGAGGAAAAGUCUCCUCAUAUCAAGUAAAAAGGGGCGUAAAAGACCGCGCGCGCCCCUUCACUAGGAUACCUAAUAGUACUGACACUCAGGUUUAGUCACAAGCUCUGACUGUGGAGGAAGCCAUUUUGUGGAAUGAGCCUCACUAGUAUUCAUGGGUGUCAUGGCUGCCCAUAGCAACCAAUCACAGUUCAACUUUCAUUUUGUCCUCUGAUGUGUCAAAAUGAAAGCUGCGCCAGGAUUGGUUGCUGUUGGCAACUCAAACAGCUAACAUCCAUCUGCCCUAUAAGUUUUUGAAUUUGAUUGGCUAACGGAGCAGUGUCAGCUGUUGCCGGGUAGAAUAGGAAGAGAAUGUUUGACUGCGGUGAGGAAGUUCUAGUAUUAUUUAGAAUGGUAAAAACAUAAAAAUGAUUAAUAUCAAAAAUAAUAUUAAUUCUAAUUACCAAAUGAGUGUUAUAGAUCUGAAGACAUGAGGGCCCCGGGCCCCAUUUAGGAUAACAUUAUAAGAGACAUAAACCAUUCAUGACACAAGGCCCAUUUUUAAAGGAUUACUCCAUUAAAAAUUUGAAAAGUGAGGCGUGACUGGUGUCCACCCCAAUAUCUUAAUCCCGCAAUGCCAGAUUCACAGGAGUCCAGGAAGCUGAGAUAUGAGGAGCUGUUUGGUGGAGUCCUUGUACUGUAGCUGUCCUCGUGCCUGCCUGAGACAUGGAGGAAACAAGGUGGUCACUGGGGAUUUUCUUAUCUCUCUGAGGUCAAGGAGCCCACAAUUAUAAUUUUUUGACCCUGUAGAGAAAAUUACCGGUGCCCACCAUAUUUCUUCCAUGUCUCAGGCAGCCAGGAGGACAGCUAGAACAGUUUUACAGUAUAAGGACCCCACCAAAGAGCUCCUUAUAACUCCGCUUCCUGGACCCCUAAAGACUGUGACCUAGGGAAAGGUGGGAAAAUUUGGUUUCUUUCUUUUCAAACAUGACUUUUUCAGUUUUAAAUGGAGUUGGCCUUUAAUUUCAUUUUAUGAGAACCUCAGGUGUUGGGGGGGAACUAAAAAAUCCCUUUAAGGAGAGUUCCACCCAGAAUCCUGAUAUUUGUCUAGUGGUUUGUAUCACCUGGACUCACUAGAGAUAAAGUCUGGGACCAGGGUUGUGGUGAUUAAAUAUGUAUAAUCCCUCGAAGGGACUGUAGGGAUGUUUAGUCUACCGUUCCUAUGUCAUCCCAUGGCUCUAUAUACCAUUAAAAGGGCAAUUCCACAAUACUCCGAGAACAAGGAGCUCUUAAUCCCUCCAGUCCUGGUGGAGAAUCCAGUGGACGUCUACUUGUGCUUCGGUGACUUAAAAGGCAACUCCACCUAAAGGACCUAAUUCCCGAAGUAACUUGUUAUCUUAUCCUAGAUCUGUCGGUGCGGCCAUUUUGAUGAAGCAUCCAUGAGAUCCAUUAUGUUAUGCCGGGUGACUACCAUGUCUCCUCACAACAACGAGAUGAAUGAGAAGUAGUCACGGCUCUGCCCCCUGUUAAUGUCGUCACUGAAUUUCAAUAUGAUGUAAAUAGUAUAUGUAAUUAAAGGGGAACACCUCCCCCCAACUAUCCUUAACUGUAUAUUUUAAGGUCCUUCGAAGGGAUUGAAAAUUUUAGCUUUUUUUUUUUUUUUUUUAAUACGUUACUUGCAUGUAACCGCGUAUGACUGGAGUCAUGUGACAAUCCGUAAUGGGGUAGUGUGUGACCGUGUAAUUUGGCGCCAUUGUCAUAAGCAAGGCUUCCACCUCAUUGAUGCAGAGCUAAUAAAGUUUUUAUUUUUUAUUCUUACUUUUUAAACUUUUAUAAAAAUUUGCCGACAACGAGUACAGCUCUUGGAGUAGGUAACACAGAUACUCCAACCGUACAUUCUACACGUAUCGGUACGUCGGUCCUUCUGUUCUAUUGCUUCUGUCUGAUUUUUGGGGCUCCCGAUGUGAUGUUUAAU